AUGGGGAACUGCAUAUCGUUCAUUAGUUACUCCAAAUUUAAAUUAAGAAAAAAAAAGUACGAUCAGUCGGAUGUGGAUUCCAACCCCGAGUUCCAGCGAGCAGCUGAUAGUAAUGCGUACGGUACAAGUGAAAAAAGCCGAAGAGGGAAGGACUCAGGGGGACACGCGAAUGUGUACAACUCCAGCCGGGGUAGCGGUAACCUUAAUGGGGAUCAUAAGAAUGGUCCAAAGCAUGUGCACUGUAGCGACCCCAAUGAUAGUGACCAAAGUGAGAAAGAAAUCGACAAGCAACGUGGAGCUAAUGAACAUAUUAGCGAUUCCGCCAGUGACCAAUCCAACGUGCUUAUGAUAAACGAGAAAAACAAAAAGAAAGGGAAAAAAAAAGCCAAACAUAAGAGUAAAAAGAGUAACGAAGUUGACCCAAAGGAGCUACACAGAAAUGAAGCAGAUAAGGGUGAACCCAAAUCGAAUAUAAAUGGCAAAGUACAACUUGGCACAUCCAAAGGGAAGAAUAAGAAAGAGGCUCCCCAAAAUGGCUCCCAAAAUGGUCCCCCAAAUGAAGACAAUGCAAAAGCAAAAGGAACGUAUAAUCACCAUGUAGACGGACCUUCGAAAAAAAACUCGUCAUAUUAUAGCAACUCAAUUAACACCAACGAUCUGUACAAAAAAAACAAAAAAGAAAAUUUACUCAACAUAAAAUACAGCAAUAUGAUUCUAAAUGACAUAAGAGAUGUAGACAUCAUUGUCGUUUUUUUGUUUAGCCUCUUCCUCUAUUUCAAUGCUAAUAAUAUAGUAGACAUGCUGGACCCAAAUAAAAAGGAUAGGUACUUCCUGAGAAAUUCUUUAAAUAUAAAUCAUGACAUUAUAAAAUUCCCUACCUUCCCCAAAGAAAUUAUAGAUAGCUUUUUAAAAAAUGAUUUUACCUUAUUAAAGAAGUAUAUAAAAAAUAAAUGCAACAAGUUGAAAAAAAAAUAUAAGAGUACCUAUUUGAAGAAAGUCAUGGGGAGUGACGAAGAAGGGGAAGGUGAACAGAAUGGAGGAGAAAUAGAUCAGAAGGAUGGAAAAUAUGGGAAGAAAAAAAACUUUAAAUACGAAUUGAAGAAGAAAAAGGAAAAAUGUUCCUUUUCGAAAAUAGUCGAAUCGCUUGAUAGAAACGAAUGCAUUCAAAGAGACAUCACAGAAAUACCAUGUGAUCAGAAUUUACCUCAUCUCAAUAUAACCUUCAUCGUUAGGGGAGCUUACUGUUUGUACCAAAAAAACACCAAGCCAUUUCAAGAUAAAAAUACCUUUUUUUAUAAAUCCCCUUCUUACACAUGUGAUGCUGAAAUAUCUGUUGCAUGUAAGAAAGGAAGAAAAUUAGAUUUCCCAAACCAAGAUGAUUUUACUAUUAUUCAAACAAAUGAAUGGAUAUUAAUUAUGGUGUUCGAUGGACAUGGUCCAUCAGGACAUGAUAUCAGUAAUUUUGCUCAUGUCAUCCUUCCCCUUCUAUUCUCAUAUAACAUUGAAAGAAUAUUUGAAAAUCCCGUGCGUACUAUGAAAACGCUAUUUUAUAUGAUUAACUGCUAUUUGGUAAAUUAUUCCUACUGUAUUAACAAUAACAUAAAUCCGAUUAAUAUAAAUUUUAUUGAUUAUAAUUUAAGUGGAACUACUUGUACCAUCAUUUUGUACAAUUUUGAAACUAAAAAGAUUUACUCUGCUCACACAGGGGACAGCAGAGCUGUUAUGGGGAAGCAGAAUCAACAGACGAAUACCUUUAGUGCGUAUAAUAUUACUGAGGAUCAUAAGCCAUCCUUAAAAUUAGAGAAAGAUCGAAUUGUAGCUUUUGGCGGGGAAGUAAAAAAAUUGCAGGGAGAUGUCUCCUACCGGGUUUUCGUCAAGAAUGAAAUGUAUCCAGGCUUGGCCAUGAGCAGAGCCAUCGGUGACAUCACGUCCUCCUUCAUCGGGGUUACUUGUGAACCCACCAUCAACAUUUUCGACAAAUCGGAGGAAGAUAAAUUCAUUAUCGUCGCCACGGACGGCAUCUGGGAAUUUAUCAGCAGCGAGGAGUGCGUCCAAAUGGUUUCUCGCAAGCGCAAGAAGAAGGUGCACGUUGCCAUGGAGGAAAUCAUCAAGGAGUCCUGGAGAAGGUGGGAGAGGAUCGACACCGUCGACGAUAUGACGUUGGUAAUUUUAUACUUCUGA